AUCCACUCCACUGACGCCUACAGAAUUCAAGGCCGGUAAGAGAAGGGCGCGUACGAGGCAGAAGAAAAGAGCCAAUCUAUUAUGUCCACUUCUUGCUAUACCUUGUUUAUGACGUCUCAACACUACUAAGCCGCCCCCAAUAUUGUUUACAUGCCUGCUAUUGGGACGGCGACGACCUGAUAACACCGGCUUUCAAAUAAGCACAAUUUUAAAUCAAAAAUGGCUUGGACAGCCACGAAUUUCAUUGCUAUUGGCGUGACUUUUAUGAUGCUUGCAAUAAUCUCUGUUGCUUUGAGGUUCUGGGCUCGGGCAAAUUGCGAUACCAAAUUUGGUGCCGAUGAUGUCUUGAUUAUACCAGCCGCGGUAAGCAAAUCCAUGAAACCCGUUCAGGCGGCGGACAAAAUCGAAAUAUAACAAUAUUGCAGAUAUGUGUGGUAGGUAUUGCUGUUACCAUGAUUAUAGGUACACAAAUCGGCGAGAUGGCACAGCAUCAGAUGAGCGAAUAUGAUUCCAGUGGGCAUCCAAUAUAUAUGCAGACUCUAGCUAACUAUGAGAAAUGCAACUACAUUCUCCAACUUCUACCAUUGGCAUCGUUGGGUUUCAGCAAGACUUCCGUCUUAUGCUUUUACCGCCGAGUGUUCUUCAUUAGCCACCGAUUUAUGAUUGUGAAUACAGUCCUAAUAGUGGUAGUGGUGCUCUGGGCAGUAUCUUUCUUCUUCGCUACGGCAUUCCAAUGCAGGGACCCUACUACGCUCUGGUCAACUUUUGAGUAUGCGAGAACGAACUGUGUCGACACCAUACCGUUCUAUUACGCCGUUUCAAUCAGUGGGUUCAUCACCGACAUCAUGAUUUUGGCAUCGCCUCUUCCCGUAAUAUACAGGUUACGACUACCCCUGAAAAGUCGAAUUGCCGUGGCAGGAAUAUUUCUACUAGGGACAGUGUGCGUGCCCCACCCCAGUAGAUACCUGGAUGAAUGUCAUGUUAUUAUUAACAAGAGCAGUGUUUGUGGCGCAGGAAUCGCACGAUUUGUGACUUUUGUCAAUAUCGGUCACGGCAUAUUUGCUAAUAUAAACGACAUCACUUACUUUACAACACCAGUAUUUGUUUGGACAGUCAUCGAGAGCUCUCUUGCUGUGGUUGGAGCAAAUCUCCCACUCCUCCGUUCGAUCCCCCUUAAGAGGGCAUAUAUCUCCUACUUUCCCACUGGGUCAAAGAAUCGCUUCCAAAGCUCCAGAAAACGCCAUUUGCUCGAAAAUGGGAAUAAUAGCUUACCCAGAUACGACUAUAUGGAUAAGGGGGCCCCAUUGACGGGCCUUUCUGAUAAUAAUACUGAGCUGUCUGGAGCCCCUUGAUCACAUGCGAUCUGGAGUCGUACACCUCCCUCGCCAUUAUAUCUAUAUUGAAGUAUAGACAUAGCAGUGGAUAGUGCUUCGAGGAGGCUCUAAAGGAAUUGUCAAGGUCUACCCUUGGGAGAAACAUGAAAAGAGCAAGUAUAGAAUCACUAAUCUGUUAUGUUACAAAUGGGUUAAACUAUACUCUCAUGUACACUUUAGAGAAUUGAACGAUAAUAUCGCGAUCCUGAAAAUGUGCCUGCGGAUACCCAUGUAGCAUACCUUCCAUUCCUGGAGGAGGAUGCAAAUAAAGAAAGCUAAAAAAAAUAACUGGUGGUCUACAAUCAGGCAAAGGUACCGUUCAGCCUCGGGAAUAGCUCUUCCGCAGCUCCAAAGUAGAUAUUCUUCCUCAUGGCAUCGUCCAUGUUGUACACAUCAAUGAACUUGGUAAAGCUCUGACUGAAAGGGACUGUUGCAUGU